AUGGAGUCGUCAAAAAUCUCCAAAAGUUGCAUGUCAAAAGAAGUUACAGAGCCGAGGGAUGAAUUUCAAGAGUUGCUGGAUACUCUUCCCAAACAGAGACAUUUUGAUGGCCCUUAUCGCUAUCAUUACAAGGACUUUUGGUGUUCAUCAUAUGCAGUGCGGGGCAUUAUCCCCUUUCAACGACACUUCGAAGCGCACGACAGUGAUAUCUUGCUUGCUACCUUGCCAAAAUCAGGCACCACUUGGUUAAAGGCCCUCAUUUUCAGUAUAGUAAAUCGUACCAAAUUCCCUCUCUCCCAAAGUCCCUUGCUCACAACCAACCCACAUGAGCUUGUUCGUUUCUUUGAGUUUGAUCUCUAUUCUAAAGAUGAAAAACCUAAUCUUGAGGACCUUCCUUGUCCCAGAAUAUUUGCUACCCACGUACCCUACAAUGCACUACCUCAGUCUAUUGUGAAUUCUAGAUGUCGUAUUGUGUAUAUUGGUAGGAACCCUUUGGACCAGUUCAUCUCCUAUUGGCAUUUCGUACUAAAAAACCAGUAUGAAAAUUCGGAGACUUUUUCACUAGAUGAAGGUUUCGAGCUGUUUUGUAGAGGCAUACAAAAUUUUGGACCAUUUUGGGACCAUGUUUUGGGGUACUGGGGAGCAAGCAUAGAGAGUCAGAAGGUGUUGUUUCUGAAAUAUGAAGACUUGAAGGAGGAUGUAACCUCCCAUGUGAGGAAGCUAGCUGAAUUCAUGGGAUUCCCUUUUUCUGUUGAGGAAGAAAAACAAGAGUUGGUUAAACAAAUAUCAAACCUUUGUAGCUUUGAAAAUUUGAAAAAUUUGGAAGUUAAUCGAGUCGGCGGUAGACUGGUUCCGGUGGUACAAUACAGUUCCUUGUUCAGGAAAGGCCAAGUUGGUGACUGGGCGAAUCAUCUUUCUCCUUCCAUGGCGGAUCGUUUGGAGAAAAUCAUGGAAGAGAAGUUGGGAGGCUCUGGUUUAACAUUUAAUGCUUUUUAG